UCAAUUACUUGGCCAAAACUCAAACCCGCACUAAAUGCAAUUUUCUUACAAUAGUUGUAUAUGUAUCAUUUGAUGAAUAGAUGAUUUUGAAUCCAAUUAAUCUAUUGACCUAUUCAAAUUCAAAUGAAAAUAACUCUUGAAUUGAUGCAUUGAUGAAUCCUUCGAGGAUGAUCACAUCCUUUGCGAUUUUUGCUUGAUCAUAACAGAUAACUCCUUUAUAGUUCGCCGAAAGUAAUGCAUAAUGAAGUUGGUUAUCAUUCUCCUCUCGAAAACAAAAUUAGGCCCUGUAAUCAGCAUUUGUUGUCGUUACUGAUGAUAAAUCUUACGAGACAACCCAAUACACAAAAUAUCUACCUUUUAUCUUGUUUCAUAAUUAUUCAACAGCAACCUGUUGAAAGAAUAUUCAUAAACAAAUAUAAUUUCUCACAAGUUCAUUGUCAAGCUAGAAUCAUGAGUGAAGAUUCAAAGCCAAAGAGUCUAACGGAUGACUUUGAAAAGUUGUUCGAUUUGAUAAAAGAAGGAGCAUCUUACCUCCUACAUAUCUAUCUUUAUUUGGUUUCCAAGACAUUUCCUUUGGAAUUCAUAGAAAAUUUAUUUGAUCAUCAUAAGAACAGUAGUUCAUAUGAUUAUUCUAAAGAGGGGAAAACUUACAUUUACCGCUUGUUCAAUUCUAUUUUCGAAGUUGAAAAGCAAAUUGUAGCCAUGGCACUCCAGUACAUUUACAGCUACAUACCAUUGCCUUUCAUCAACACAAUAUAUGAAAAUUUCUGUAUCAACAACAACCUGGAAUGCACUGACGUGAAACUGAAGAAAUGUAAAAAGGCGCUCAUCAACUCCUCUAAGGAUUCAAAGAAAAAACCGAGCAAACAGCAGAAUACCAACGAGGACAAUGACCUUGUGAGCAGACCAUUUCCCUUAAUUCCCCAAAAUCCAGUAUCGAAAAUCGAAAACACAGUAAGCGAUCCAUUGGGCUUUUUAUCACACUCAAGAUCUCCUCAUUCAGACCCAAUAGCAACAGGAAAGAAAUCCAUAGGAAAUUCUAAAUCGGACGAUGAAUCUUCACCUGUAGUUAGUGGAGAAUCAGUUGCACCAGUAUCUAAGAACAUACCACCAUCCGUUGACUUUGGAACUUCUUUCGAGAAAACAAUCGAGCAGAAUAACAAGGCAUUGAAAAAGAAUAUGGAAGAUUUUGGACAGUCUAUCGCAAACGUCUUUUCUGGUGGGGUAAACGCUCCAACAGCUGGCCCUAGUGCGAAUGCUUGAUGCUUAUGUUGUCUAAAUAAAUUUGUUUUCAAUGUUGGAAUAUUAUAAUGUUAACUUGCAAUAAAUUUUUUUGCGUUCAUGAUCA